AAUGGGUACACGUGGGGCGAUCUUGUCUUGUACGUCUCCAACCCGUCUUCAAAACGAGGCCUUGAGCGAUACCGAGGCAUGUUCGACGUCCGUGGACGUGUUCAGACGAUCCUUACCUAUUGGACGUCUUCGCGCAACAGCCUCACUGGCCGCCAGGCAGUCCAUUCCUGGGUGAUGGACUACAUCAAGACGUCUAUCGCCCGAGAAGCAUCGAAAGCGACUCACGACGGUGUGCUCCAAUCACGGAAGAAGGUCGUGAACGAGAGCUUUGUCCUGGACUUUAGCUUGACACAGAUCUAUCACCGUCUUGCGGAGCUCUGCCCGGUCAUGACUGAACUGUUGAAGGCAUUCACAAUGACCACACGACAGAAGAAAACACUCACUCGAGACUCUGCGGAGCGUAAUGACCUGCGCGUUGGUUCCGCUUUGAUGGGGCUGCUGGGCGAGCGGAGUCAGCGAAACAGUUACGGCCGGCAUGUGGUUGGCCUUUACCUCUAUGCAUCCGGUGCACAACGCCAGAGCAUCAGCAUACUGUCGCACAUGGGUGUGUGCAGUAGCUAUACGACCCUUGCUGGUGUAUCCCGGCGUUCAAAACCUGUACGCAAAGAGGUCGCAGUCGCGGAGGAGCUGUCCCUUGAGGAGAGGGCAGGGAUACUCCGGCGCCUAUCCGAAGCUUGCCGUUCCAGUGCACGGAGGGAGGCGCGUCUUCAUGAACUUGGACACGUCUACGACAAUAUCAACUGGAUUAUUCAUGCAGCUGAACAGACGAUGGGGCAUAAGGACUCCAUGGAGAAUGGCACCUGCGCAACUGUCUUCCCGCUCUUCGGUGCCUCUCGCAGCAACAUGCGUACCGCCGACUUCCUUGCCGCUUUCGACAACGCUCCUCCACUUUCACUCGACAACAUCCUUUUAUCUGCAGACGACACUCGCACGCUCACGGACAUGCUUGAACACACUGUGUUGCGCAUCAUCGUCACCCACGGUGGACCUGAGUUCGCCCGAUUUCAGCCCGAUGUUGAUCGCACACUUCCACGCACAGCCGAACGCAUACCAAUGCACAAGACGGAUGUCUACCCUCUCCGCGCCAUGAACAUCGAGGAGGCGAGCAUAAAGGGCAACGCUGAGGUGCUGGAGACCAUAUUUGGUGAGCUCGGACAUGAUCUGAACUCGGAAUCCUUCACGGAGACAGUCAAGGUCAUCUUCGGCGAUCAGCUCUCUGUCGCACGGCUCAGAGCUGUUAUUCACAAUCGUGCGGGCCACGACUCGAUGGGGAGGUCACUGCUCUAUACGGCUUUUGCACCAGGCUUCUUUCACUACCAGAUGGCCGCGACGUAUGGCUUCCUCGAGACGCAUUGGGGCAACCCAAGCCUAGGUCACCAUGAUCCAGCAUCCCUCUAUUGGCACAACACUAUUCUCGAUCGCAAGCCCUUCGUUAUUUCCAACCGCCCGCCCUAUCGCGUGGCGCGCGACCUCAUUUUUCACUCACUCUAUGGUCGCGUCCUCCAUUGCCUUGAGCUCGUCACCUCAUGCAGCAACCUUGACGAGUAUGCGACUGGUACAACCUUCGACGACCUACAGAAGCACAUCCGCGAAAUCAUCUCGCAAUUUGCAAAUGCGUCGGUGGUCUCCAAGCUGCGCAGCGCACGCUCGCGCGAACUACUGCGGACGAGGACGCUCAACGCUGACGAGCAUACUCCUGUGUUAACGCAAGGCGACAUGGUUUUUGAGAACGCGUGCCUCUUUCUCCGUGACGCGCUUGUUCUCCGAGAGUUUGCGGACGCAAUCAAGGCGGGAGACUCCGGUCGCAUGGUCAUCAUUCUCAAGGUCUUCGCGCUGAGUUAUCGAGGGAGCGGACGCACAAAGUACGCCCAGGAGGUCUUGCAUGUAUUGCACAACUUAGCCUACCUCUGGCCGAAGCCCUUGUGUGCCAUCAUAAUGAAUAAUUGGCUCGUCAACACGUCAGGUAAAGCAAACCAUUGGUAUCCUGUUGACCUGUUGCAGGAACAUAACAUAUUCUGGACGAAGACCAUCUAUAAUGCACAGGGAAGCGGUGCCUCAUGGGAUUGGCUCGAAAUGGUCUCACCGUGCAUCAACGUCUUACGGCAACUCGUCACCUCAAUGAACAACGCACUAGGAUCGAAGCAAGGGGCCAAGCACGCUGAGCCGGACCUCCGCCGCGACUUGGAAGAGCUCCGGCGCACGCUCGCCGCGGCCAAUGUGUAUCGUGUUCAACCGGGACGGAUCAUCGACGGCGAGAAGGCGGCUACACCAAACGUUGUCACUGAAGGGCUGUCGCGACUCACUGGACCUCUCGCAGAGUACAACGCGAUGUUCGCUCGGUUGAAGAAGCGCCGCCGACGAACAUCGCCUCUUGUCGGCGCCGGCUCGACUGACACCAUGGAAUCAGUCUCGUCGGGCCGCUCAGCAAGCGAUCCGGCAUCUCACCCAACUGGACAACUACCAGUAGUUGGCGCCGAAUACGAUGAAGUCGGAGUAGAGGUUGACUCAGAUGACGAGGGUGAUGUUGACGAGGCUGAGGAACUCGAAGGCUGGCUACAGCCUGAGCAGCUCUUCACGCUCGACGACGAGUCGGAUAUUGACUUUGACUUUGACUAG